GGAUCUUUCUUGGCUUCUCUAGUCGAUCCCAAGGGAUUUCAUUUUUCCUCUCUAUAAAAACUACUAAAAUUAUUCGUUCAAGGGUUUGGGUUUGGGAAGGGAUCGGCGGGAGGAUGAAGUCCAUCCUGCGUCGGCUUUUGCUUUUCUUCUUGGUCUUGUCGCCGGUCCUCGUCGGCUACGCUGCGGCCGGCGGCGGAGUCGGCAGCCGGCACGUCUCCGGAGUCCAGCCGUUGUCGAAGAUCGCGAUCCACCGGGCGUCCCUGGCAAUGGAUGAGGCAGCGUACGUGAGGGCGUCGCCGGCGCUUCUGGGUCUCCAGGGAGAGGAUACUGAAUGGAUAAAAGUGGAGCUUCGAUGUCCCAAUCCAACUCCUGAUGAUUGGAUUGGAGUGUUCUCUCCUGCAAAAUUCAAUGCAUCUUCUUGUCCCGCCGAGAGUGGAAAUAAGAAAGAGGAAGAUCCAUUGAUAUGCUCAGCUCCAAUAAAGUAUCAAUUUGCCAAUUAUUCAAAUCCAAGUUACAUGAAGACCGGGGAGGGAACUUUGAGGUUUCGGUUGAUCAAUCAGCGGGCAGACUUUGCUUUUGCAUUAUUUAGUGGUGGCCUUGCUAAUCCCAAACUCAUUGCAGUUUCAAAUGCAAUUUCCUUUGCAAAUCCAAAGGCUCCUGUUUAUCCACGACUUGCACAAGGAAAAUCUUGGAAUGAGAUGACCGUUACAUGGACAAGUGGAUAUGACAUAAAUGAGGCACUUCCUUUUGUUGAAUGGGGACCAAAGGGGGGACCUUUAAUGCGAUCGCCAGCUGGGACCCUGACAUUCAACCACAGAAGCAUGUGUGGUGCACCAGCACGUACUGUCGGAUGGAGAGAUCCGGGUUUUAUACACACAAGUUUCUUGAAGGACUUAUGGCCAAAUGCAGAGUACACGUACAAGCUUGGUCAUCAGUUAUUUAAUGGAUCAUAUGUUUGGAGCAAGUCUUAUUCUUUCCAAGCAUCUCCUUAUCCAGGACAAAAUUCAGUACAGCAAGUCAUAAUUUUUGGUGACAUGGGAAAGGCAGAACGGGAUGGGUCUAACGAAUAUAGCAACUAUCAGCCUGGUUCACUGAAUACUACAGAUACAAUUGUUAAAGAUUUGGACAACAUUGACAUUGUUUUCCAUAUAGGAGAUAUUGUAUACGCUAAUGGAUAUAUAUCCCAAUGGGAUCAAUUUACAUCACAAGUUGAGCCAAUUGCUUCAAGGGUGCCGUAUAUGAUUGCAAGUGGCAAUCAUGAACGAGACUGGCAUGGGACAGGAUCCUUCUAUGACACUGAUGAUUCAGGAGGGGAAUGUGGUGUAUUGGCUGAAACCAUGUUCUUUGUGCCAGCUGAGAACAGAGCCAAGUUUUGGUAUUCUACAGACUAUGGCAUGUUCCGCUUCUGCAUAGCAGACACUGAGCAUGAUUGGAGGGAAGGCUCAGAGCAGUAUGAAUUUAUCGAACACUGCCUGGCCUCGGUAGAUAGGCAGAAGCAGCCAUGGUUGAUAUUUGCUGCUCAUCGUGUGCUCGGUUAUUCAUCUGGCUCUUUUUAUGCUGCGGAGGGCUCAUUUGAAGAGCCCAUGGGAAGGGAGAGCCUUCAAAAGCUCUGGCAGAAAUAUAAAGUGGACAUUGCAUUCUAUGGGCAUGUUCACAACUAUGAGAGGACCUGUCCAAUCUACCAGAACCAGUGCGUAAAUAAAGAAAAAUCACAUUACUCAGGCACGGUGAAUGGAACCAUCCAUGUUGUUGUUGGUGGUGGUGGCAGCCAUUUGUCAGAGUUUGCCAACAUUGUGCCGAACUGGAGUCUUUACCGAGACCACGACUAUGGGUUUGUUAAACUGACUGCUUUCAAUCAUUCGUCACUUCUUUUUGAAUAUAAGAGGAGCAGUGAUGGUAAAGUGCAUGAUUUCUUCACCAUCUCAAGAGACUAUAAGGAUGUCCUCGCCUGCGUGCACGAUAGUUGCUCCCCAAAAACAUUGGCCUCGUAGUGGAUGACCUAUAGAUGUCUGAUAGAUAUUUUCUAAUAAAGGCAUGCAUGUAGUGUCGAUGAUGUCUUUUGUUCCUUCACAUUUUACGUAACUUUUU